UCACAGUACUCCAAAGAUGCUGCUCAAAUUCUUAUCAGGUGGUCUUUGCAACGAGGAUUUGUGCCUUUACCCAAAUCCUCGCAGCCCCAUCGUAUCAUAUCCAACAGCCAAGUGUUCGACUGGAACAUCGAACUGACAGACAUGGCCAAACUUGACGCGCUGGAUCGGGGGAAGGAGGGCGCAGUUACAUGGAAUCCAGUCGACGUCGAU